GCGUUCAUUGUACGUCACUUCCGGUACACCACUCGUCCGCCAUUCCUCCUCUCCGUCGCGUUCAUUGUACGUCACAUCCGGGGCGUCACCCUCCGUUGUCCCCGCGACCUCAGCCGUGCAGCAGCGAUGGCGGCGGUGGCGGCUGUUACAGCGGGGCGGCGUUUCCCGUUCCGACCCUGCGGCCGGUUCCUGCUCAACCCUCGGCUACAACCGGCACCACAAGGGGCCCGGUCGUUGUCGUUGUGGGCCCAGCAGCCCCGGGGCCGGUUGCGGGUGGUGGCGGCGCUGGGGGCGUUGGCGGCGGGAGGAGCCGCCGUUGUCGGGGCGUUAAAGGCCGCGGUGGAAGCGGGGGAGCUCGAGCUGCAUCCGCCCAACUUCCCAUGGAGUCACGGCGGGGCGCUGGCGGCGCUGGACCAUGACAGGUAA